AUGUCUGUGGAUCCGAAAUUUGCAAAUAUGCCAUGGAUUGCCCAUGACGAACCAGAUGUGUACGAGACGGACGAUUUACCGGAGGCAGACCAGAGAAAGUCGGAGGUUCUACCAAAGGAAAUUGAACGGACAUCCAUAUCGGCUGAUAAGGCUCGUCAUCGAUAUGAGCAUUGUAAAGUUGAUGCAGCGAAUGUAGAUUUCUCUGACAAAAUCACUGGUUCGGGCAAAGUUGGAUAUGCCGUUGAAAGUCCUGAGUAUGUGUCGAAUGUGGAUGGUGAGAAGGAGUCGACCCUUAUCGCGCGUUUUCAGUCUUUGCAGGCAGAGGUGUGUCGGCUCAUCGACGACACGGAGGCAGUGAAGAAAGAGGCCGGAGCAGCAGCAAGAGUGGGCGAACUCACCGUGGAGCAGAUCUCGACCCUUGCCUCUUCGCUGAAUGCCCAAUUAAAUGAACUUCAGUUGGAGGAGAUCUUUGGUUCCGAUUUGGACCUGAGUGAUCUUUGUGUUCAUGACGCCCUGCUGCAAAAGCAACCUAAGCAAGCGCCACGGAAAGACGAGAGGCCCGGCGAGUGCAUAACUUUUGAGCUUUAUUCUAAGCCGUCGGACAAAAUUGACGCUACUACUGAAAAGACUCUGGAGCUGGAUCGUCGAUUGCAGCGUUUAGAGAUGCUCGUUGGUUCUCGAGAGGUGACUGCAACAGGUGCGGGUGGACUCAUGGAGACCGCUGCACGACUUUCAGAACGAGUUUCGUUAUUACAGCCUAGCUACCUGGAGCAGGUUGAGGCGCGUAUAGCCACACUGGAAACGAGGCUUGCUGACGUCACUAACAAUCCCGAAAAUGUUGUGCUUGCUGACGCCGACAGCCAAAAUAAGAUUGCCGAGCUAUUCGAGAUUAUGAAAAGGUGGAAUUCGUUCUCCGCUGAUCUUCCAAUAGUUAUUGACCGCCUCAAGGAUCUGCAAACUUUACACGCUCAGGCCUCUGAAUUUAGCACCACCCUGGUGAAUAUGGAGAUAGCCCAGAAAAGGAUAGAUGAAAAUCUCGCAACUUACGGCUCACAGCUCAGAAGUGUCCAAGAAUCCCUUUCAAAUGCCUUGUCAACCUUCAAGGAGAAUACUGUGGCUAUUGGAAAGGCUAUGAAGUCGCCGUAG